AACACUCCACUACAGUGCAUAAUUGAAUCAUAUUCCUGUAGGGAAAUUUUUAAAAGGAUUCUUUUGAGACGCUUCUGAAAGAAAAAUGUCACGUGUCGGGAAAAUGAACGGAGUCUCAAUGAACGGUUUUCACGGAGGAGAUGGAAAGUUCAAAGGUCAGGGAACAAACGGAACGAAUGGAGUCACUGUGCUGAACGGGAGCGCGCCGGCGCGCGUUAAACAGAGAGCGCGCGGGCAGCGCUGGAGCGUGCGAGCGUCCGAGAUGGCGAAGAACACACUCAAUCCUAUCCGCGCUAUAGUCGACGGCAUGAAGCUCACCCCGGACCCUGACAAGCCCAUGAUCGCCUUGUCCAUCGGUGAUCCUACAGUAUUCGGAAACUUGCCUACAGAUAAAAGUGUGCUACAGGCUGUCAAGAAAGCUGUAGACUCACACAAAUUCAAUGGCUAUGCCCCCUCAGUAGGUUAUAAUAAGAGCAGAGAGGCUGUGGCAAACUUCUACAGCCAAUCUAGUGCACCACUGGAAGCUAACGAUGUGAUCCUGACCAGUGGAUGUAGCCAGGCUAUAGAGUUGGCCAUCAGUGUGCUGUGUAAUCCAGGAGACAACAUCCUGAUUCCUUGCCCUGGAUUCUCUCUCUACAAAACCUUGGCUGUGUCGAUGGGCAUCCAGGUCAAACUGUACAACCUACUGCCAGAGAAAUCCUGGGAGAUUGAUCUCAACCACUUGGAGAGUCUGAUUGAUGAGAGGACAACCUGUCUGAUCGUCAACAACCCAUCCAACCCCUGUGGCUCUGUAUUUCCCAAAGAGCACCUGCAGAACAUCCUCUCAGUUGCCUCAAGACACUGUGUCCCUGUCCUAGCAGAUGAGAUCUAUGGAGACAUGGUCUUUCCCAACUGUGAGUUUCAUUCCCUGGCUCCUCUUAGCAGUGAUGUACCCAUUCUGUCCUGUGGUGGUCUGGCUAAACGCUGGCUUGUUCCUGGAUGGAGACUGGGCUGGAUCCUCAUCCAUGAUCGUAAUAACAUCUUUGGAAAAGAGAUUCGAGAAGGUCUCGUGAAGCUCAGUCAGCGCAUUUUAGGAGCCUGUACAGUUAUCCAGGGGGCGCUAGAAAGCAUCUUUAAAAACACCCCCUCAGAGUUCUACCAAAGUACAAUCAACUUCAUAAAGUCAAAUGCAGAUAUAUGCUUCUCAGAGCUGUCCACUAUUCCUGGGCUCAACCCAGUAAUGCCAUCUGGAGCCAUGUACAUCAUGGUUGGAAUUGAAAUGGAGCACUUUCCAGAUUUCCAGGAUGAUGUGGAGUUCACAGAGCGACUGGUUACCGAACAGUCCGUGUUCUGCUUACCUGCCACGGCAUUCGAAUACCCAAACUUCUUCCGGAUUGUGGUGACGGUUCCGGAGGAAAUGAUGGUAGAGGCAUGCGAACGGAUCAGGGAAUUCUGUGCACGCCACUACAGACCUCGCAGCCAAGACAGCAACGACCUGGACCAGUAAAGCGAUGUUUAGUGAAUAAACUAGAGAGAAAGAGCAAACAAUAAUGGGACACGCCAAAAAAAAAAAAAGUGUACAUGUAGUAGACAGUGAGAUGCAUGUCUAAUGGUUUGAAUGAGGAUGAAUGUUUCUUCUUCAAAGGAAGCUAAAUAUUCUACACUAUAGUGAUGACAGGUCAUAAUAUAUGAUAUGGUUAUGAUAGGGAAGGCUAAAAUCUAAUAUCUAUCAAUAGCUCAAUAACUAUUAGGGCUGAGAAAUGCAUUAUUUCACAAGGUCUUACAUAAUGUAUUACACACACACACACACACACACACACACACACACACUUAAAGGCAUUCCUAUCAUUCCUGAUUACUCAUUUUGAACUGUCCAUAACACCCUACUUUGAAUACCAAACAUAAUGGUAAACAGACAGUAUUGUUUUGUCAUGUAUUCCUUGGUGUAAUUUGUACUUUUGUUUGGACAACAUGCUUAGUCUAUUUGCUUCUCCUGUGAACGGCAUAUCAUCAGAACAGUCAGACAAAAUAAUCCACCUCAUCACUGCUCAGGACAUGUCAGUAGUGCAGGCUGGAAAAUAUCAGGCCACAGUCGCACAAAUUUACACUACAGUGACACUUUACUGUUACUGAUAGGCUGCAGUACAUGAAUCUACAGUCUGGGCUGGAAAUAAAUCAGCCCCAGAGUCACAUUUUUAUGUCGUUCUGUACUAAUCGUUGGUACUGUUGAGCUUGGUUUCAAAAUAAUGUAUGAUGAUGAUGAUGAUGAUGAUGAUGAUGAUGAUGAUGAUGAUGAUAAUUAUUAUUAUUAUUAUUAUUAUUAUGUCCAAAAUAAUCUGCCUUAAAACAUUCUUUAGCAGAAAACAAUCUGAUGAGGAUGCCAAAACAAAAUCAUUUUAUUAAUGUCUUUUUAUUGACAAAAAAACAAACAGGGAUGAGCUUAGCCCUGCUAUAUCCCAUUUAUAUUCUAUAAGCUAAUCCCCGUUUCUUUGCUUUUUUAUAUGGACCAGUAAACUGUCUUAUGUAAAUCUUGCACUUAUCAUUUGUAAACUGUAGCAUUUCCUUUUGAGUAUGUAUAUGAUUGUUCUAUCCAUCUUGGUUUGGUUUGGAAGCCAAAGAGAGGCCACAUGUCUCACCACCGCUUUACAAACUGACUGGCAGCUAUGAGUGCUGCUGUUGGAUGUUGACUUCCAUACCAUGUGCUCUGUAUCCUGCAUAACAUGCAAUACAUGAACAGACUGUUGAGUAUUAUUGCUUGUUUUUUAACUCAAUUAUCUCACAGACACUCAGGUAUUCGUAACCCCACCAUUUUAUAAACCAGGUUUUUUGUUGUUUUGCUUUUUUUUCAAUCUUCAUUGUAUUUCCUAUAUAUGAUUUUUCAGUAUUAUAUAUAAACAGUUAUUUAAAUAAAAUCUUACAAUAAA